AUGGUCGUAAAUAUCGUUACUAGUAUAAGAAACUGUAGCUACCACCUGUAUGCGGACGAUUUGCAACUAUACAUAUCGGGUAAGCCGUCUGAUACCAUUGCUUCAGUCAAUGACAUCAAUGCUGAUCUAGAUCGUAUAGCGGCGUGGUCUGAUAGGAACUGUCUAGUACUGAAUCCGAGUAAGUCUAAGUACAUGGUGCUUGGAACAAAGGGUCAAAUCCAUAAUACACUGGAAGCCCUUGCUUCCAGAAAUAUUGCGGUUAUGGGUGAACCAAUGGAACGGGUCGAUAGGGUCAGAAACCUCGGAAUACUGAUGGACAGUCAACUUCGUUUUGAGGAGCACAUCCUCAAUGUGACGGUGGUGGAGCCAAUUAUUUUAUAUGCUGCCAGCGUUUGGGCCCCAGCAACUGGAAAACUGAAGGUGCAACAGCAACUGAACACGGUGCAAAGGGGGUUUGCACAAAAAAAUAUAAAAUCCUACAGGACGGUCUCACUGAGCGCUGCUCUCACUCUCUCCGGCCUUCUGCCACUGGAUAUGCGAGUUCGGGAAAAUGCUCAGUUAUAUGAAGCAAAGCGAGGAAAACCGCAGGAGAUCCUAAGGGGCAGAAAACUGGAGCGAAGAGUAUGCUAUCUACAGGCUCCACACCCAGCUAAGGAAAUUGCAGUAGGUUUUGUGUGCCUGGAGAACAUGCAACCGGAAAACCUCCAACACCACCAGGUGACAGGCUCGUGUAUCUUUACAGAUGGAAGUAAAAUAGAAGGGAAGGUGGGGGCUGCAAUAUCUCACUGGCGGAGUGGAUCGGAGACGCGCAGUAAGAAGUUCAGACUGGAAUCUUACUGCACGGUUUUUCAAGCUGAGAUGCUCGCACUGCUUAAAGCAACUGAAUUAGCAUUGAAAGAAACAGAAACGGUAGUGAACAUCUUUAGUGACUCCAGAUCAGCCUUGGAGCUUCUCGGCGACUCCGGCUCAUUCAACCCAUUAGCACACGAGAUCAAAAAUAAAAUCACGGAGCUGAGGGAUCGGAACAUGGAGCUAAGACUAUUCCGGGUGAGAGCACACAUUGGAGUGGAAGGGAACGAGCGAGCAGACAGCUUAGCAAAAGAAGCCACGCUGUACAAAAAAUCCGCUCCAGAUUACGAACGGUGCCCAUUGUCUAUUAUUAAAAGACAAAUAAGACAAGAAACCAAGAAACAGUGGGGCAAAAGAUAUGCGAGUAGUGAAACAGCAACGGUAACAAAGCUCUUCUUACCCGAGACAGACGAUGCAUACCAAAUGCUAAAGAAAUUAAAACUUGGAGCAACCAGUGUUCCUCACGCGGUGGUAGCAAUUUCGCGACACAGUGGCAGCUGCGUCUACUACACGGAUAGAAGAGAAGAAGACGCAAUUGUCGACCUGAUAGAACGCGCGGAAGCAGUCUCUCUACCCAAACCAUAA